UAUAUACCAGUAUUUUUCUUUCUAGUUAUGAUUUUUAAUAAAUAUGAUUAUAAAGGUCCAUAUAAUUUUUUAGAAAAAGGUUUAAUUAUUUUGUACCAUUUAAUUACUGGUAAUUCUUAUAAUAUGAAAUUGGAGAAUAAAUUAAGUGAUUAUGAAUGUAUUGCAUUUGAUGGUGGAUAUUAUUAUUAUAUAGAAAAAUUUAUAGAGAACUGUGAAAGAAAAGGUAAUGAUAAAAUAAACAGAAAUAAUUUUAUGUACCUAAUUAGAAAAGAAAUUAAUAUAGAUUUAACUGAUGAUGAAAUUCUGUAUAAUGAAACGUUUGGUAGUUUUAGAAGUAAAAUUGAAUCAUGUUUUGGUCAAUUAGGAAAUAAAUUUAAAAGAUUUAAUAAUAAUGAAAAAACUACUAGAAUUACAGACAUAAAAGUAUAUAAUUUACAGUUAAAAUUAGCAUUACUAUUAUUAAAUAUUCAAAAAUUUUGCAAUGUACAUAAUAUUCCUGUUAAGCCUAAUCAUAUGCUGUGGGCAAACAAUAAUUUUAAUUAUCCUAAUCCAAAUAAUAGUACUGAAAAUAUUAUU